AUGUUAUGUAAUGUUGUUAAAAACCUUCCCUUCGCUGCUACGGUUGAUGAUUUGAAAGAGGUUUUUGAAGAUGCAGUUGAUGUCAGGGUGCCACUUGGCCAAAAUGGGUCCAAUAGAGGAAUCGCUUACAUUGAGUUCAAAACCGAGGCUGAGGCAGAGAAAAUGCUGGAGGAGGCACAGGGCUGUGAUAUACAAGGACGGUCUGUGAUGUUGGAUUUUGUGGGAGAAAAAAGCCAGAAAGGCGCCAAGGUAGCAGGUGCAGCCAGCAAGACAUUAUUGGUGAACAAUCUAGCCUUUAGCGCCACAGAAGAGGUCUUACAAUCUACUUUUGAGAAGGCUGUUGCCAUCAGAAUCCCCCAGAGAGAUGGCAGACCCAGAGGGUAUGCCUUUUUAGAGUUUGAAAGUGCAGAAGAUGCCAAGGAAGCCAUGGAGACACUGAACAACACAGACAUUGAAGGGCGCCCAAUCCGACUUGAGUUCACCCAGAACAGCGGUGGCAGGCCAUAUUGGCUGCAUCCUCCGUUCAACGACUCCAGUACUGACAAGCAGCUAGGUUUGAAUAUGGCGCCGCGCAAACUGUGA